AUGAAUAACAACUCAGGUUCCAAGCGUCAGAGCCCCGAGCUUCAGCUUCCUUCCAUCCGUGAGUUGGGCUUGUUGGGGGAUGUGAGCCGGUCCAACAGGAAUGGCACUGGGAUGCCAGCCAACUUCAACGACUACCCUCCAUAUCCAGUCCAUGGAGGAAACAGAUUCCCCGACCCGAGUCAGAAUGUUCUUCGGGAACAUCGACGCUUGUGGCUAGUUCCUCCUGUCAAUGUGCAGGGCCAUGGACAUGCUAUCGAAAGUAAGUCGACGCCCGAGCUACCACGAAGUAAAACCUCCAGUGCCAACGAGAGUCAAUUAUUCUGUAUAGAUGUCAGCCCGGCACAGCAGCCUUCGCUUCCAUAUGCAACCCCCCAGCCCUCCAUCCAGCACUGGAGCCCCAACCCCGAGGCGCGAGCUAUGCCCCCAACCAGCGAACCCAGGGCUCAGCCCCGAGUCAACCACAGCCCUAAUGACAACGGCAACGGUAACGGCAAUGGCAAUAGAAAUCCCCAACUUACCGCCAACACGAACCCCCAGAGAAACGCAAGCGACAAGAAAGCCAUGCUGGUGAAAUUCACCGACGUCGCCGCCCACACCGCCAAGUGCGACGUAUGCGACAACCGCAACAAGAACGGCAUGUCCCGCUGCCAGGCAUGCGGCUGGCAGUGCUGCCGCAAGUGUCUGAUCGAGCGCCACGGCGACCGCUCGCACAAGUCUUUCACAAACAUCCAUGUCCCCGAGGGUGAAGGCGGUGGCACCACUAACAAUCAAGCCAGCCCUAAGCCGUACCCGUCUGCCACUAUCACCAGUACCGCCCCUGCUCCUCUCACUCAGUUUGGUAUUGGUUCGUUCACCACUGCUGAUGCGGCUUCCACUCUGUCGCCCCCUGGCGCACUCCCUGCUGCCCUGACUGCUGAGCUCUCGGACAACAUGGAUGAGUCUGGUCUUUCGGAUGAAACUUUGUCGUGGCCGUUGACUGAUGACGAGGACCGCGAUGAGGAUCUUCUGCUAAGUGAGGAGUUUAUUCACGUUCGUCGGAACCCUGGGCGCGCUGCGAGACCUGGGGCUAAUAUGGCUGAGUGA